AUGUCGAUUGGUGUAGCUUUGCUUGGGGCUGGGGUCUUUGCAAAGAGGGAGCACCUUCCAGCCAUCAAAUCAUGUCCAUCGUUACGUCUCAAGGCGGUCUACUCGCGAUCGCAGACGUCGGCUGAGAGCUUCGUUGCUGCAGCUAACGAGGAUGCCGAAGCGUACUUUGAUUCGCCGUAUAUUCAGUCCAAGUCGCUCGAUGAUCUGUUACAACGUCAAGAUAUUGUUGCCGUCAUCAUCGCCGUGGCUAUUACUGCGGUACCGGGUCUGAUCAAGAGAGCAUUGGCUGCAGGGAAACAUGUUCUGAGCGAGAAACCAAUCGCUCCCGACGUCGAGACGGCCCAGAGGCUGAUGGCUUACCACCAGCAGCAGACGAAGGGCGGCGUCCUAUGGGGUGUUGGCGAGAAUUUUCGAUUUUGGGACUCUGUUCAUAAGGCUGCGAGGAUCCUCACGGAGAUGGGUGGAAGCCUUGUCACCUUUUCGGUGACUGCAUUUUCUUUCACGGAUUCCAAGAACCCCUUCUAUCAUUCAGAAUGGCGCCAGAAGCCUACUUUCCAGGGAGGUUAUUUACUGGAUGGCGGGGUUCAUUUCGUUGCGGUGUUACGAACGUUGCUAGCUGCUCUGGGCCAAAGGGUGGAAGUCGUAUCCGCAUAUACGACGUCUUUACAAGAGGACCUUCCUCCGCUUGACACUGUUCAUGCUAUUUUGAGAACCAACCAGGGACGCAGCGGCACCUACACCUCGUCUGUUGGGAUCAAAGCCAAGCGUGUCAUGGAGUUUGAGAUUGUGACCGACAAAGGCUAUGUCAUAUACCGCCCGUUCCAGAUGGAGAUCUUGAUCAAGCAAAACCAAGGAAGUAGAUGGGAGGAAGUAUCGGAACCGGCACCAUUAAUGUGGGGUGUGAAGGAAGAGGUCGCUGCGUUCGCCGCGAGCAUUUCUACAGGUAGGCUGGAUUCCAGAUUGUCGACCACCGAGGCCCUAGAGGAUUUGAUGGUUGUGGAAGCCAUGUUGAGGUCGGGUGAUGCACAAGCGCUGCCGGUAGGUGUCACCAAAGACACAACUUAGCCCGGUUUCC